GGAAAGCGAGGCAGCUUCCAGCGUUUGCUCCUAUCAGGUUGGAGCAGCUGUUGCUUCGGUCCUUCUGUCUGAUGGAUCUGAUCUGUGAUCGGGCGAUGGCAUCCUCGUGUCUGGACUCUGUGGUGACAGAGCUGGUCUCGAUGGCCCCAAACACCACUGUAGACCUCUCAUCCGGCAUCCCCGUGGCAACAAGGUCCCUCAUCCUGCUCGUCUGUCUGCUGUUGAUGGUCUGGAGUCACACAGAGAAGAAAACCAUCCCUGGACCAUCCUUCUGUUUGGGUUUGGGACCACUCAUGUCCUAUUUGAGAUUCAUCUGGACCGGCAUUGGCACAGCCAGCAACUAUUACAACAACAAAUAUGGAGACAUAGUUCGAGUGUGGAUCAACGGAGAGGAGACCCUCAUCCUCAGCAGGGCAUCAGCGGUGAAUCACGUUCUCAAGAACGGAAAAUAUACCUCGCGUUUUGGCAGCAAACAAGGACUCAGCUGCAUCGGGAUGAACGAGAAGGGAAUCAUAUUUAACAACAACGUGGCGCUGUGGAAAAAGAUUCGUACCUAUUUCACCAAAGCUCUAACUGGUCCAAACCUGCAGCAGACGGUGGAAGUGUGCGUCACCUCCACACAGACUCACCUGGACAACCUGAGCAGUUUGUCUUUGGUGGACGUCCUGGGUUUUUUACGCUGCACGGUGGUGGACAUCUCCAACAGGCUCUUCCUGGGUGUUCCUGUCGACGAGAAAGAGCUGCUGCAGAAGAUCCACAAGUAUUUUGACACGUGGCAGACGGUGCUGAUCAAACCCGACAUCUACUUCAAGUUCAGCUGGAUUCAUCAGAAGCACAAGACAGCAGCCCAGGAGCUCCAAGAUGCAAUAGAAAGCCUGGUGGAGCGAAAGAGGAAGGAAAUGGAGCAGGCAGAGAAGCUGGACAACAUCAACUUCACUGCAGAGCUCAUAUUCGCCCAAGGCCACGGUGAGCUGUCUGCUGAGAACGUGAGGCAGUGUGUGCUGGAGAUGGUGAUUGCAGCGCCCGACACUCUGUCCAUCAGCCUGUUCUUCAUGCUCCUGCUGCUCAAACAAAACCCUCACGUGGAGCUCCAACUUCUGCAGGAGAUAGACACCGUUGUUGGUGACAGACAGCUGCAGAAUGAAGAUCUUCAGAAGUUGCCGGUGCUGGAAAGCUUCAUCAACGAAUGCCUGCGCUUCCACCCGGUGGUGGACUUCACCAUGCGUAGAGCCCUUUUUGAUGACAUCAUAGACGGCCACAGGGUUCAGAAGGGCACAAACAUCAUCCUGAAUACAGGCCGCAUGCACCGCACAGAGUUCUUCCACAAAGCAAAUGAAUUUAGUCUGGAAAACUUCCAAAAAAAUACUCCUCGUCGGUACUUUCAGCCGUUUGGUUCAGGCCCUCGAGCCUGCGUUGGCAGACACAUCGCCAUGGUGAUGAUGAAAUCCAUCUUGGUGACGUUGCUCUCUCAGUACUCCGUCUGCCCCCACGAGGGUUUGACCUUAGACUGCCUCCCACAGACCAACAACCUCUCCCAGCAGCCUGUGGAGCAUCACCAGGAGGCCGACCAGCUCAGUAUGACGUUCUUACCCAGACAGAGGGGAAGCUGGGAAAGACCGGCGCCCUUUUAGCUGUUCCUUCGGUUUAUAUGUAUGCAUUUGUAUAAAUAUAGUAAUACAUAUCUAUUUACAUUUAUAGAUAGAUUCAUAUUCAUGCAUAUGUAUGUAAGACCACCUUUGCUUCAUGUAUAUUUUAUAAAUGCACAAUUUGAGGAUCUUUAAAGCUGUUUUACAUUAACUGUUUUGCACCAUGUGAAUUUUUUUUUUUUUUUACUUUACACAUAAAUUAUUAUACAAAAACUCAAUGUGAUGGUCUUUUUUUCUUCAAGCAGGGGUGCUUUUUUUGUUUUAGGUAUCAAUCAUAUUAAUAAUUACAGUAUUUUAAGGACUGGGACCUUCACUAUAAGCCCCAAAUACAAAAAGAACUUUUGGAUAAAACACUCUUUCUAGUCUCCCACUCUCCGAAAGGGAAUCUCCCACAUUAAGAACCGUCACUACUCAACUCAAGCAGUGGUUGGAAGUAAACCAGUCCAGAAAACAUUGAUUUUUUUUUUACCUUCAUUUGUACCUUUUAUAUUCUUCUAUUCUUUACUCUGACGAAAGGUAUUAUCCAAUUUCUCAUUAUGUUGUGUUUUUUAUUUUUUAUUUUACUAUCAAGGGCUUACAAAUAUAAAUGAGUAUUUUUGCUACAAUCUGUUAUGUUUGCAUUUAUUACAAUCUGAAUUAUGUUUA